UGUUGACUAAAUGCCACGUCGGUUCGAGAGUGAGCCGCGUCAGCUGGUCUGUAUCUUACCGACUGCGCAGAAUAAGCGGUAUUUUUAGCGGAUUGUAUCGCUACAGGAGUCGUGCUGUGACACAGCAGCAGCAGCAGCAGGAGGAAUGAGGAGCUUCAUCAGAGCACUGUUUCUGAUCGCUGUUGGGAUGGCGGUGUGUCAGCAGACGCUCGCUCACUCGCACCAUCAUCACGAACACUCUCACGGAGAUGGCGGCUGCCACGGACACUCACACGGAGGGGUCAAGAUGCAUCAUGGGGCCAGCAAAUGGAGCGCUGAAGCCAACCUGCCCCAUGCUGAAGACGAGCAUCACGGGCAUGUGCACGAUCACGAUCAUGGACAUUCACACAAACACGGAGCAGAGCGAAUGAAAAGCGAUGUGGAAGCAGGGAAGCGGAACAUGGUGGAGCUCUGGAUGCAGGCGGUUGGAGCGACUCUGCUCAUCAGCGCUGCUCCCUUCCUCAUCCUCUUCCUCAUCCCGGUGCAGUCAAACACGGACCAGCACCAGAACCUGCUCAAAGUGCUCCUGAGCUUCGCGUCCGGAGGUUUGCUCGGAGACGCGUUCCUGCAUCUCAUCCCUCAUGCGCUGGAGCCUCAUUCUCAUCACGGCCAGUCGCACGGAAGCGGCGAGUCACAUGGUCACUCACACGGUAGUGAGGAGUCACAUGGUCACUCACACGGUGCAGGUCAUGGUCACAUGAUGUCGGUGGGGCUGUGGGUGCUGGCUGGCAUCGUUGCGUUUCUGGUGGUCGAGAAAUUUGUUCGUCUUUUGAAGGGAGACCACUCUCAUUCUCAUGCUGCUCCAAAAGCAAAAGACAGCGAUGAAGAGGAUGAUGACAAGAAAGCAGAGAAGGAGAAGAACGCUGACUCUGAUAAGAAACCUGCGCAGAAACCCGCCGAGACGACUUCCGAUAUUAAAGUGUCGGGUUAUCUGAACCUGGCUGCUGAUUUCACCCACAAUUUCACGGACGGGCUUGCGAUCGGAGCGUCGUUCCUGGUCGGCCCGGCGGUCGGCGCCGUCACCACCAUCACCAUCCUCCUACACGAAGUGCCACACGAGAUCGGAGACUUCGCCAUUCUUGUCCAGUCGGGCUGCACCAAGAGGAAGGCCAUGUGUCUCCAGCUGCUGACGGCCCUCGGUGCGCUGGCUGGAACCGUCUGCUCUCUGCUGGCUGAAGGGGUGGGAGCCGUGGCCACCGCCUGGAUCCUGCCCUUCACCGCCGGAGGCUUCGUCUACAUCGCCACCGUCACCGUGCUGCCAGAGCUGCUGGUGGGCCGCUCCAGUCUCUGGCAGUCGCUGCUGGAGAUCCUGGCCCUGCUGUUUGGCGUGGGAAUGAUGGUGCUGAUCGCCGAGUACGAGUGAGCCGUGUCUGAGAGAAGAAGCUGUAAAACCAGGCCAAGAGACCAGUGCAGGGUCACCUGACCUCUAGAGACCAAGAGUGUGUUGAGAUGAAUGAUAGCAUUGACCACAGAAACAGAAAAACUGAAUGAAUGAGGGAGAGAGUGAAAGAAAUGAAGUGCUGAGCUGCACUCCAGACCAACAUGAAUGGAUCACUUAAUCAUUUUAGGCACAGGAACCUUCCCAGGGACCAGCAGCUAGAAAGUCCCCUGCGCUUCUGUGUACUGAUACAGACAGGAUCAGACUCUGAGAGAUUUGACCAUUACAUUCCCAAGAUGCAUCGUCUGUGUUUGCUGGAGCGGUCCGAUAAAUGCUCGUGUCUCAUCAGUACAGCUUUUCUAGAAAUAUCAGUUAUGUUACAUGAUUAAAUCGUUUGAUUUUGCUAUUCGCACAAUAAAGGUUAACGUGAUUUUUUUUUUAAGCAGCGUGUGCUUUCUCUUUGACAGGGAGAUUCUUUGAUUCCUCUGAUGAAAUAUUCAGCUGCAUAGCUGUUACUCAGUGACACACUCUCUCACACAC